AUGGCGAGACAUCAGUAUUCUUCUGCUCUGUUAACGAUUGGCACUUCAUUCCAAAAUCUCGUCUAUCCCCCUGGACUAUCGCGACUGCCGUCCACGAGGAUGGUGCUAGUCAAUGCGAAUCAUCUGACUGGUCAAUCUCACACCCGGCGAGUUUCGUUCCUGACACCCGACGUUUCGGGUGCGCUGCGGCCAUGCAUUAUGGUUCCUGUGUUACAGCGAGCGUUGAAACGCCGAGCUUCAGUCCUGGCAAUCGAUGUCAGCUUACACUACUACUACCUUCGACAAACCUUCGCCACUUCCUCCAGUACGCCACCCAUCUACACGAACUUCAUCUCUCAAACAUACUUUCUCCACAUAACCAUGCCUGGAAAGAUCCUCGACUUUGAAUGCGCCGUCAUCACCGGCGGUGCGGGAGGGCUCGGCUAUGCAAUGGCCGAGUACUUCAUCUCGCAGAACAAGAAGGUCAUCCUGGUCGGUCGAACCGAAUCCAAGCUCGCCGUAGCGUCCAAGAAGCUCUCCAACGCUCCAUACUACGUCCUCGAUACCGGCAACGUCGACGACAUCCCUUCGUUUGCCAAAAAGGUGCUGUCCGAGCAUCCCGAAGUGGACUGCCUGAUCAACAACGCCGGUGUGCAGCGUCCGUUGGAAGUGCAAAAUUUGGCGCUCGACAAGGCGGAUAACGAGAUCAACAUCAACAUCCGUGGACCGGUACACCUCGCAACUGCCUUUUUGGACCACCUUAAGAGCAAGAAGCUCGGUGUGAUCAUCAACGUCAGCUCUGUGCUCGGCUUUGUCCCUUACAGCAUCAUCAACCCCAUUUAUAAUUCCACCAAAGCGUUCGUUCAUUUCUGGACCGAGACGCAGAGGGUGCAGCUCAAGAACACGAGCGUCAGGGUGGUCGAGAUUGUACCGCCCAGCGUAGGAACCGAUCUGCACAGGGAGAGGGAGAACCCGGACGACAACAAGAAACAUCUCGGCGCCACCAACUCGUUGACAGUGGAAGAGUUCAUGGAUGAUCUGGUCAAAGGGCUGAAGGCGGACCAGGACGUAAUCAGUGCUGGAAUGGGUAUCGCGUUGGUCAAGAAGUGGGACGACGCGUUCAGGGAACCGUUCAAUGGCGCUGCUGAAAAGUACCAGCCGAACAUCAACCAAAACAUCAUUGCCAACAUGUCCAAGCAGAUCCUCGUCGUAUUCACCUCGCACACCCAGCUCAUCGGGUCGGACCAUCCCACCGGCUACUACCUGCCGGAGAUCGCCCACCCGUACUACAUCCUCAAGGACGCUGGCUACACGCUCGUCGCCGCCUCGCCCAAAGGAGGCAAAGCUCCGCUCGACCAGUCCUCCGUCGAAGCCUUCAAGUCCGACCCUGACUCGGUCAAGUUCCUCAACGACUCCACCGCGCAGGACUGGGUGUCCAACACCAAACCGCUCUCCGAAUUCUCCGCCUCGUCCGUCUCGGACUUUGACGCCAUCUUCUACCCCGGCGGUCACGGCCCCUGCUUCGACCUCCCCGUCGACAAGACCUCCCAGGAACUCAUCAAGGCGUUCUACGAAGCUGGCAAACCCACUUCCGCCGUAUGCCACGCUCCUGCCGUCUUCACGGAUGUCAAGCUUAGCGACGGAAGCUACCUCGUCAACGGCAAGACGGUAACGUGCUUCACCAACGAGGAGGAGGAACAGGCCGGUCUGACCAAAGCCAUCCCUUGGUUGGUCGAGAGCAGGUUGGUGGAGCGUGGUGCCAAGUUCGAGAAGACCCAGCCUUGGGGCGAGAAGGUGGUUGUAGAUAGGAACGGUGGUCUGCUCAUCUCGGGUCAGAACCCGGCUAGCGCUGCUGGCGUCGGAAAGGAGAUCCUCGCCGCUCUCAGGGCUUGA